AUGCGUUUCUCCGCCUCCCUCAUUGCCCUUGUUGGCGUCGCCAUGGCCGCGCCCGCCAUCGUCCCUACCGGCGUCGCCGCUCCCGUCACCGGCCUCCUCGGCAGCACCGACCUCGUCAGCGAGCUGACGGGCGUCACCGACGAAGUUGAGAAAGGCAGCCUCGGCGCCGACGACCUCGAGCAGAAGCUCGACGCGAUCCUGGGCUCGUCCCUCGUCAAGGUCGAGUCGGCGCUUAAUCAGCCGCUCGCGCAGAAGCUCCUCGCACUCGUGCAGGGCGGCCUCCCGCCGCAGGUCGUCCAGGCCGUCGGCCAGGGCAUCGCGCUCGUCGAGCAGGGCGUGGCCAUCCAGACCGUCGACGCGUACGUCAGGGGCAUGACGGAGGGCCAGGUCAAGUCCCUCGGUGGCGCCCUCGGCGUUUCCGACAUCCAAAAGGUCCUCCAGGGUUAG